CUCGAGAAGUCGCUUGAAAGUACCCUCACUUACUGAACAAAUCAUUCCAUUCCCUUUCUCUCUUUUCUCGGCACUUUUGCAAACAGAGAGUUUGGAUCUGAGGCGCAAGCAACCAUGGAAGACCUGAGAUCCGCAAUGGAAGACCACAUCGACCAAAUGUCUGAUCUUCUCCAGAAAUUCUCCGCCGAACUCCGCUCCGGUGUCCGACCUGCUUACGACAAUUUCAUCGGUUUCUUCCACGCCAUCGACUGGAAGGAACCUUGGCUUAUUGGCUUGCUGGGAUUCCAUUUCCUGUUGCUGCUAAUAACCGUUUCUUCGAGGAAGAAUCUCAACUUCCAAAUGGUUUUGUUCCUUUUGGCAUUGGCUGGUGUAUAUCUUGCUGAGAGGCUCAAUAGUCUCCUGGGCAAGAACUGGAAGAGCUUCGCUAGCCAGAAUUACUUUGAUCCAAAUGGACUUUUUCUCUCAGUUCUCUGGUCUGGGCCUCUCCUCUUCAUAGCAAUUAUAAUUUUGAUCAACACGCUCUUUUCCUUGUGUCACCUGAUUGUUAGAUGGAAGAAAGCGGAGCUUAGACACCGAGCAAGGCUCGCUCGUAAUAAGCAAGAUUAGCGUUCUAUAUUGGCUUGCUAAAUUGUUGACUUAUCAGUUCAGGCGUUUUCUUCCUUCUGAGGCCUAAUGUUAUACUUCAUAAAUCUUGUUCGCGGUUAUUUUUCAGAUGCAGUACAGGGUAAACCUUUCCCUUGAAAAAUUUUGAAUUUUGUAGUUAUCAACCCUUGUACGCCAUGAUGUUUUAUGUAAUUUUGUUUUCUUUAUGGCAUUUUACUUGUUGAUCAUAAUCUUUGUAAAAUAUUGGCGUUUGUUAUUUAUUUUCUAUUUUUUGAUAUUUUCCCAAUUACGCACUU